GAUCUCGGCACGACGGCUAGACCCCCAGCCGAGCAUGCGUAGAAGGAGCGCCGAGUAGGCCCAGCCUGAGGCGGCGGGAGUCGCCGAGUAGCGGUCGGAGAGUGAGGGUUUUCCAAAAUGACGCAGUUUCUACCCCCAAAUCUAUUGGCGCUAUUUGCUCCUCGGGAUCCUAUACCCUAUCUGCCCCCUUUGGAGAAACUGCCCCAUGAGAAGCACCACAAUCAGCCCUACUGUGGCAUUGCUCCGUACAUUCGAGAGUUUGAGGACCCACGCGAUGCUCCUCCACCCACUCGUGCGGAGACCCGGGAGGAACGGAUGGAACGGAAGAGAAGAGAGAAGAUUGAGCGCCGGCAGCAAGAGGUUGAGAGUGAGCUGAAGAUGUGGGACCCUCACAACGAUCCCAAUGCCCAAGGAGAUGCCUUCAAGACACUCUUUGUGGCCAGAGUUAACUAUGAUACAACAGAAUCCAAGCUGAGGCGGGAAUUUGAAGUCUAUGGACCUAUAAAAAGAAUCUACAUGGUGUACAAUAAGCACUCCGGCAAGCCACGUGGUUACGCCUUCAUCGAAUAUGAACAUGAGCGUGACAUGCACUCGGCAUACAAGCACGCCGAUGGGAAAAAAAUUGAUGGCCGGCGGGUGCUGGUAGAUGUAGAGCGAGGCCGGACGGUGAAAGGAUGGCGUCCACGUAGACUUGGUGGUGGUCUCGGUGGUACCCGGCGAGGUGGGGCUGACGUCAACAUCAGACACUCAGGCCGGGAUGACACUUCCCGUUAUGAUGAACGAGAUCGGGACCGUGAACGGGAGCGAGAUCGCCGAGACCGCAGCCGAGACCGGGACAAGGAGCGGGAACGCCGUCGCAGCCGAUCCCGGGAGCGUCGGCGGCGGACACGGAGUCGAGAGAAAGAUGAACGGAAACGCAGCCGGGAACGCAGCAAGGAUAAAGACCGGGAGCGCAAGCGCCGUAGUCGCUCCAGGGACCGGAAGCGAGAACGAGACCGUGACAGAGACAAGAAGGAGGAGCUGCCAGAAGUACCUGAUGCCCCGCCUGAUGAGGCUGCCCUUGGAGAGAUGGGUGUAGAUGGGCUGGAGGUGAAGCCCGAAGGGGAAGAGAAGGCUAGAGAAAGGGACAGGGACAGAGACAGGGAUCGAGAGAGGGAUCGGCGGCGCAGUCAUCGUGACAAAGACCGAGAUAGGGAGCGUGACAGAGAGCGCCGAAGGGAUAGGGACAGAGAUAGGGACCGUGACCGGGAGCACAAGCGUGACAGGGGUGAACGGGGUGGGGAGAAACGGGAGGACAGGGGGCAGGACAAUGGAAUGGGAGAGGCCUUGGAGGAAACCAGCCAGGAUAUGUUCCUGGACCAAGAAUCCAUGCAGUCAGCUGAUGGCUACUUGUCCACUGAGAAUGGAUACAUGAUGGAGCCUCCACUGGAGUGAUGAAUGGAGACGUUUCUUUGCCCCUGCAAGGUGAGGCUCUGCCUCCCAGGCUGCCUAGCCAAUAAGAUCCCAUCAGCCAGUUGAGAUAACUGGUUUUAACUGGUUUUAUUUAGAAGGGUAAGUGUUUCAUUUCUACUUGUCCUCCCCCAUUUCUUCUUAACAUGUAACCUUUCAGCAGUUCCUUGUGUAUUUGGAUAUUUUUCUUUAAACAAGAAUAAAGUGUUCAGUGUAUUCUCCUUCA